AUGUCGAAAACAGUAAAUGAGAAAGAUGUUCCUGCCGAAGUUUCACAUACUAAUCUUCUCGAUUAUCCUCAUUCAAUCAUAUGGCGAAUAUUACAUGGAACUUCUUUCUUAUUUGGUGGUCUUCUCUUUAUCUGUGGCUCUUGCAUGUAUUUCACCGAUGUUAUCGCAAACAAUGACCGUGCGUUGGAAGCCGGCGGAUGGCUCUACACAGUUGGCUCCGCUUGUUUUCUUCUUGCUGAUAUACAAGAUUGGCUUUACUAUCAUAUCGGUUUUCUAUUCUCUUCCAGCAAAGUUAACGAUUCUCAAUCGAAACCAAUGUUUCGUAAUCGAUUGAGGCGCGUGGCCAUCAAUGUCAACUAUUUUACUUCAAACGUUGGCUCUGCGCUUUACUUAGUAGGAUCGGUGUUCUUUUUACCAAAAUUUGCGGAUUCGAUCCUCGUCGGCGAUGGGCUAUUCAUUGCCGGUUCAGCAGUUAUCUAUCUCUCAGAAGGAUGGAAAAUUGUCCGAUUAGCUCGUACAAGUGCCGAGAAUGCCAAUGAUACGUCGUUUCGCUUUCAAAACAUCAAGACCAAUAUUCAAGCCAUUUUUAUCUCCUUUUUUGCUGGCCUCGGUGGAUUUUUCUAUUUUGUUGGCACCAUUCUCUUUUUACCGCAAUACACCACCACUGACUUUGGCGAAAACCGAGCUGCAGGACUAUUUUUAUGCGGUGGAAUCUUUUUCACUCUUGCUGGCUUGUUAUUACAAUACUGCUAUUACUGUAAAAGUCGCAAAUGA